GAGUUCCCGCUCCUCGACUGGAACGAGAAGUUCUCUCAUAUCAACAAUUUGGACGCCUCUAUACUCACGGCUAACAAUCACUUCGAGAUCAGUAACGAAGUGCCCGGACUCGUGCUCUGUCGCCGUCUGGUCAACAGCGACACCAUCUCAUACGCGCUGAUCGCCAACGAAGACUUAGAGUCCAUAUCCGGCGAUUUGCCCGAAUGUCUUGAGAUCGAGGGAAUGCCAUACGAGCGCCGCAAAUAUCUAUUCGACAAUAUCAGGGAUUUCACGGCCGUUAACUACAGGCCGUUGAUAUGUCCCGAUCCUAAUGUCGAUACCAUCGCAUCCAAUCUGAUUCUUAUGGACACCGCUGGGGACCGAACCAAUAGUAGGAAAAGCAUAUUUUCGCCAAAGAGUAAUAAGAAGUUAAAAGUUGAGCGAAAGGACUCACCGAAGAAGACGGACAACAGUGCGGGCGAUGGCGGCAGCAAACGCAAGAGAGCGGGUCCUCCCAAAUGCAGUUAUUGCAAAGGUGUCGGACAUCGCGAGAGAAUCUUCGGUAAGACUACGUGUCCGAAGAAGAAAGUGGAUUCAAUGAUUCUGACGCCCUCUAAGCCCACGGCUGCCGCCCUUAGCGUCGCCCAAACAAUGGUCACUAUUGUUUCCACCGCUGGUCAAGAGAUCGGUGCCGGAGAUGCGGACAACAACGCCGACGGCAAUGAUAAGCAAACCGGUGCUAAACCGGAGUCCAGUUUGGAUAUCAACUCCAAUGAAAUGCCUGACGCCGUACUCCCGGACGGCGAUUAAAUGGUUGCAUCGAUUACUGCACACACUUUAUUGACCUGAAU